CCAUUAAACUCUAAAAACAAACCAACACAAGCUUUGCCGCCCGCCAUGCAGCCGUUCGCUCUUCUUGUCGCUGCCCUUGUCGCUACUGUUGUCCAGGCUGCCCCUAGUGGAGGUGGUGGCAUCGGUCACUUCAACUCCGAGCCAGGAGCUUCGGAGUAAUGUUUUCUCAGUUACACAAUUUAUACAAUCGGUGUUCUUUGUAAGACAAUAGAAGCGGUUUAUCAACCAUCUUUAACAUAUACCCAAGCAUAUACCAAGCCCAUACAGACGCAUAUAGGUAUAUUUCUGUCAACAACAGCGGAUUAUCCAAUCCCUUCCACGAGCAUCCUUUACAAGUCAGCUACCCCCUGAAAUAGAUCCCAGGCAUCUCGAGGCGCCCUAGGGUCUCUUUUUCUCACUCUGAACCUUAAUCUGGGCGUAGAAGGCUGCUCAGGACCAACAUGGGGGGAGUAUGCCCAUAACAAGCAUCUCGAUGGUGUUAGCACCUGCAUUUGGCCGAGGACGGGUAGAUUUUCCCGUGGCUGAAACGCGGUGCUUGAACUCUAUUGUGCAUGGCGGGGCGAUGCCCACUUCUAAAAUGGGAUACCUGCUGUUGGCCCUACUUAUAGUAUAUACACUCGGUAGCCACGACCAACACUCGUUUUGUAACUUACCGAAUCGCCCCUGGCUGCACCGUCCCUCACAUUGGCUACAAGCUCUGCUACAUGGCUGAUAUGAUGGCUUUAAACAGUCUAUCCGUGCCCGAGAAGGGCCUAAUCUUUGUUCACGCUGCAUCCCUCUUGUCAUCUCUUUUGCUCUACGUCCCGCCACAUACAACUGGAGAAGAGCCACGGCGUUUGGCAUUAGCCAAGCCGCUACGUUUAGCUGCUGUCGUGAGCAAAACUUUAAUCCUUCUUGUCGAUCAGAAAAAUGGCGCUUUGCCCGAUACCCUCAGCACCGUUGCCUUGAUUGGUUGUUCUAUGCCACCACUUAUGCUUGUAUUCCCAGGUCUUGUUGAUAUUCUUAGCAGCCAAGCUGCUAUUUACAUGAGCAUCGUUCUCGACCUGCUCUUCGAUGCCAUCGCCGCCCCCCAGUUUUCCACAUUCUUCAUCUCAUCUAUCCUACAGCGCCUUGGAUUGAUGUCAAUCGUUAUCAAUUUGAUUCUCCUUAUACGACCGCCCUCAAGUCUUAUACAUGCUGCCCGAUCCAACGCUUGGUCAGUUACAACCCCAUGGACAGAAUUUUGGGACACCACAUGGUCAAUUACGCGAGAAACCGCUCCUCCAAAUUACAAUGCAAUUCAGCCUGCCCAUCAAAAUGUACAUCAGGACCACUCCGCUGCAACGAUUGAUGCCGACCUCCUUGCCUUGCAGGACAAACUCAGGCUAUCAACGGGAUCAAACAUCCCGAACGGCCUUUCACUCUCGUUGGCUUCACUGCUCCUUGGAGAUAACCCUUCAAUUAUUUUCCAAGCUUUGACUUUUGCACUUUUAUGUGUAAUACAAUCCGUUUACUUGGCAAACGCUCUCACUCUGUUUAGCUUGGAUUCUCCCAUGCUAGGCCUGUCCCAUCUACAUUUCAUAUUAGCCACUUUGACCCUUUUCAUAGGAAUGGCCAUUACUAAGGCCAAGCUUGGCACAUUUAUCGUGACUCUCACUCAACGAUCGAAAAGAAUUUUGGUUGCGGCUAUUUUUCAGAAAGCCCUGCAUCUCAAUAGGCGUGUAGCCUUAAAUUCAACGGCUCGCGCGCUACUGAGUGACAACAUUGAAGCUAUUGCAAACAAUAUCCCAGUUGCUUCAUCAGCCAUGAUCAAUCUGGCAGAGGUAUGCCUUGGUCUAUUAGCCUUAAGAUAUAUCAUGGGCACAUUCGGCUUUCUGGUGCUAGUGGGUUUUACGGUUCGACAUUUGUGUUUGACCUACCAAUCCUCGCAAAACGGAGAAACACACACAGAAAUGUCAAUCACAUCACAGAGAUUGAUUGCAGCUACCAGGGACAUGAUCAACAACCUUGUACCUCUCAAGAUGAUGGGUCUUGAAGACACCUACGCCAGGCGAAUCAAUGCUUUGAAGACUGCUGAGCAACAGUUGUGGCUAGAUAUUGACCAGCCGCGGCUGCAGUACCUAUUCCAAUUGAUAAUUUACGUGAGUAUUUCAACCUGUAUUCUUCUUAUCUGUAUGAUUUGGAGAUGCAAGGUUGAACGAAUAUCAGUGACCGUCACUGCUCCUAUUGCUGCCUUGCUGUUUGCUCGAGUCAGUGAUUCGGCUUUAUAUGUGUCUCAAUUGCGCCUGUUAUCUUCCAUACAACAGAGCUUGACAGAGAUUGAAGAAUUUCUGGCGAUUCCGGACAGAGUAGAACCAAGACAGCUGCAGGCGGUGGAUAAGACCGCCAAAGUCAAUGACACCAACAUCAGGAUUGUUGGGCUUACAUGCCAUACAGACGGGGCUACUGGAUCCCCUUUCCACAAACUGGAUCUGGUGCUUAAAAAUGGCACUGUGACAGUAUUGCGCGGCCCUAGCGCCUCAGGCAAGACAGCCAUUCUCGAAUCAGUAUUAGGUGAUGUCAUCCCAGCAGAAGGGACAGUUGAAAUAUCGAACUGCCCUAUCGCUUACUGUAGCCAAACUACCUGGCUGCAAAACGCGUCUAUUAGGAGCAACAUUAUCAGCUGUUCGGAGAUCGAUGAUGUCUGGUACAAUAAGGUUAUUAAUGCCUGUGGUUUAGAACCUGACUUUGAAAGACUCUCUUCAAGAGACUUGACAAUUAUCAGCAACAAUACCUUGACUCUCAGUGUUGGUCAAAAAAUGAAAAUUGCAUUAGCUCGAGCGAUUUAUAGCAAGGCGCCAAUAUUGCUUUUAGAUGACGCAUUUUCGAUUUUUGAUAACACCAUGGCGUUGAAAAUUGCUCAGUCGUUUUAG